UACAGAUACAUCACCCUGACGAACUAUUUUUCGAACGGCAGGUUUAUAGAUUCUAGCGCUGCCCUUUUAUGAAUUUGAGAAUAGGAAUAAGUAGCUGGGAGGCAUCACCUGGAUAUAUAUAUUCCAACUUUCAUUUAUACAUUCGUUUGCCUAUCUACACUCUCCAGACUGUUCCACCGACACUGUUCCACCGACACUGUUCCACCAAUACUGUUCUACCGACACCCGGGUGUCCCGGCAAAAAAGCAGGGGAUUGUCGCUUACUUAGCAAGGCGGUGAGGAACGUGGGGUAUGCAUGAACAGGCACAAAUUAAUUAUCGCCAUUUGCUUUGUCACAUAUGCCAGUGCACUUUUUGAGGCACUCGUGCAUAAUAACAACCACGUUUCAUCCCUUGAUCGGGUUGGGCGAAAAGACAUAAGUGACCGACACAGCACCUAGAGCGUCUUGCGAGACAAACAGAGUGUUGCCGAAGCUACGCCUGGCCCUGGAGACCAGAGCACAGCUUCUUUCUUCGCCAUGGAUCCGGCCAUUACCGAUGAGCUCAGCAAGCUCGACGAUGGCGUCGCCUUUCGAGCUUCUCCCGACCAUUUCCACCAUACUUGGGCCCGCACAUUUUACUCUGCGCCCGAAUUGUAUAUCCAGCCUGAAUCAAUCGAAGAAGUCGAGAAAUUGACUACGCUGGCACGACGAUGCCGACGACGCAUUACAACGGUUGGCUCCGGCCACUCGCCGUCCGACUUGACCUGCACCUCAAGCUGGAUGGUGAACCUGGACAAGUUCAACAAGAUCCUCUCUGUCGAUAGAGAGACCGGGCUCGUGACUAUGCAAGCUGGGAUACGCCUCUUCCAGCUUUCAGAGGAAUUGGACAAGCUUGGUCUCGCGAUGCCUAACCUCGGCAGUAUCAACGAGCAGUCAAUUGCUGGCGCCAUUUCUACUGGAACCCACGGCUCGACUCUGCUUCACAGCAUUCUCUCUUCUUCGGUUACCCGGCUGAAGAUCACUCUCUCGAAUUCGCAAACAGUCACUUGCUCGCCAGACGAGAAUGAAGACCUUUUCCGUGCCGCGCUCUGUUCUCUUGGCGCCCUCGGCGUCAUCACCGAAAUCACUUUCCUGGCCGUUCCAGCAUUCUCACUCCAUUGGAAGCAAACUCUGUACCCCCACAAGCAUGUUUAUGACAAAUGGAACGCCAACCUCUGGACACAAGGCGAGUUCGUGAGGGUAUGGUGGUACCCAUAUACUCGCCGCGCAACUGUCUGGCAUGCCUCGAAAACUACACAACCUGCUUUGGACAUCGUACAUAAAGCUGCUUCCUUCGAUUCCGCGUUUGGUUACCACGUCUACCACAACCUACUCUACAUUGCACAAUGGGUUCCCAGGAUUAUGCCGUGGGUGGAAUGGUUCAUUAAUGGAAUGCAAUUUGGAUUUUCAGCAGGAGAGCAGACUACUAUCGAGGCAAUUCAGCCAUCGCGACAGGCUCUCCUCAUGGACUGUCUAUACAGCCAAACCGUGAACGAAUGGGCUAUCCCACUUCGCAAUGGACCAGCUGCCCUUCGCCGCUUGACCUCUUGGCUUAACCGACUCCCGCCUACCGAUCCCGAAUACGUCGAACAUGGUAUCCCAUACAGCGCAGAGGGACUCUGGGUUCACGCACCGAUCGAGGUCCGCGUCAGUGAUACAACUCUCCAGUUGAAGAACACUGACGGCUCUCCACGGAAAUCUGUUCGCCCACACCUCGACACAUCUGCCAAAGACGGGCCAACUCUCUAUCUCAAUGCGACUCUCUACCGGCCUUACAACAUGGAUCCUCCCUGUCUCGCUCGAUACUAUCAAGCUUUCGAAUAUUUAAUGAGAGAUCUUGACGGCAAACCUCACUGGGCAAAGAACUUCGAGACCACGAACGAACAACUAAAGGAAAUGUACGGCGACGACCUAAAGUCGUGGCUCAAUGUCAGAAACGAGGCAGACCCCGAAGGGAUGUUUGUUGGCGCGUGGCACAGAGAGUAUAUCCUGGGCGACGAACAACCAAGAUUUGCGCUCGAAGAAGCUGAAGUCGACAGAAAGCCCAUGCGAAAAGGUGGCGUUCAGAUCUUCGGAGAGCUCACGUCUAAAACGGCACAAAAGGAGCGCGACGACGUAGAAGAGACGCCUAUCGCCGUAUCUGAAAAUGUCUCUAGCUACUCAAGCCAAUCGAGCUUCGACUUCCUCAACAGCAGCGAGGCUACAGAGAGCCAGCACCUGCCGACUUCCAGCACAACCGGGACAAAGGGAAAGGGACUUGCAGAGGCAAUGGAAGAAGUUUCCGGGAACAGUGAACUAACUGAGGCUGUGACCCCGGCGGCUACAAUUGCCACAUUGAACAGCAGCAUUUCCAGCAUUGAAGCUGUUCUUCGCGACCUUGCUGAUAGCCAGACUGCUACGUCUGAGAAUACCGCUUCAUCGACCCCAGACGGUUCUUUCCUGGAGAAGUCCGAGGAAAUUACUUCUACGUCCGAAGAAGCUGCUGCUGCCGAAGAAGCUGCACUCGUGGCCGAAUUCUGGGCUGGUGCAGCUGCCGCGAAAGCAGAGGCUGCCGCAAGGGAAGAAGCCGCCGCCAAGGAAGCCGCCGCUCAGCAAGAAGCUGCCGCGAAAGAGCAAGCCGCCAAGGAGCAAGCUGCAAAGGAAGAAGCUGCCCAAAAGGAACAAGCUGCUAAGGAGCAAGCCGCAAGGGAACAAGUUGCUAAGGACCUAGCUGCCAAGGAAGAAGCUACCCGGAAGGAGCAAGCUGCUAAGGAAGAAGCUGCCCGGAAGGAACAGGCUGCCAAGGAGCAAGCUGCGAAGGAAGAAGCUGCCCGAAAGGAACAAGCAGCAAAGGAACAAGCAGCUAAGGAACAGGCUGCUAAGGAGGAAGCUACCCGGAAAGCAGAAGCUGCUGCGAAGGAACAGGCCGCUAAGGAGCAAGCUGCAAAGGAGCAGGCAGCUAUGGAGCAGGCUGCCGAGGAGAAGAAAGCUGCCGAGAAGAAGGCCGCCGAGGAGAAGAAGGCUGCCGAGGAGAAGAAGGCGGCCGAGGAAAAGAAGGCUGCCGAGGAGAAGAAGGCGGCCGAGGAAAAGAAGGCUGCCGAGGAGAAGAAGGCGGCCGAGGAAAAGAAGGCGGCCGAGGAGAAGAAGGCGGCCGAGGAGAAGAAGGCGGCCGAGGAAAAAAAGGCCGCUGAGGAGAAGAAGGCCGCUGAGGAGAAGAAGGCCGCUGAUGAGAAGAAGGCUGCUGAAGAGAAGGAGGCCGCCGAGGAGAAGAAGGCUGCUGAAGAGAAGGCUGCAAAGGAGAAAAAGGCCGCCGAGGAGAAGAAGGCUGCUGAAGAGAAGGCUGCCGAGGAGAAGGCUGCAAAGGAGAAGGCCGCUAAGGAGAAGGCCGCUAAGGAGCAAGCAGAGAAGGAGAAGAAGGCCGCCGAGGAGAAGAAGGCUGCUGAAGAGAAGGCCGCCGAGGAGAAGGCUGCAAAGGAGAAGGCCGCUAAGGAGCAAGCAGAGAAGGAGGAAGCUGCCCGGAAGGAGCAGGUUGCCAAGGAGCAAGCCGCAAAGGAGCAAGCUGCUAAGGAGAAGGCUGCUCAGGAAAAGGCUGCAAAGGAGCAAGCUGCCAAGAAGGCUGCUGAGGAGAAGGCUGCUAAGGAAGAAGCCGACCGGAAGGCAAAGGAGCAAGCCGCAAAGGAGCAAGCUGCCAAGGAAGAAGCUACCCGGAAGGCAGAAGCUGCCAAGAAGGCUGCAGAGGAGCAGGCUGCUAAAGAGCAGGCCGUAAAGGAGCAAGCAGCGAAGGAGGAAGCUACCCGAAAGGCUGAAGCUGCAGCGAAGGAGCAAGCCGCAAAGGAGCAGGCAGAAAAGGAAGAAGCUACCCGGAAAGCAGAAGCUGCUGCCAAGGAGGAAGCUGCUAAGAAGGCUGCACAGGAGCAGGCUGCUAAGGAAAAGGCCGCGAAGGAGCAGGCUGCCAAGCAAGUUGCGGAGGAAAAGGCUGCGAAGGAACAGGCGGUUGCUAAGGAGAAGGUUGCCAAGGAUCAAGCUGCGAAGGAGCAAGCUGCCGCUAAGAAAGAAGCUGCUGCGAAAGAAUCAGCUGCCGCAAAGAAGCCAGCUAACCCAAAGAAGUCAGCCAAGGAUGCUGAGGAAAAGACAACGACCACGAAAGCGAGGCGUCUGUCGUUCGCCAAAGCAGCUGCCCUCACCCCCGAGGAAGCACCGAAAUCCACCGAGCCCGCUGCGCCAGUCCUAGACCUGCACCACCUGCCACCAUCACCAUCGGCACCUAAAGCCAAUGGCAAUGGCCGCCACGUCCUCCCUCUCCAACCACGCCCCAACGGCGCGCAUGCCAAGUCCAAGGCAUCCACCACCAAGGAGGGAGAAUCCCCGAAGGCAGCAGUAAAGAAGGAGCAGCAGCAAAGCACUACCACUGAUGCCGCCGCAGCAUCCCCGAAGCAGGCAAAGAAGGAGCAGCAGCAAAGCGCCACCAUCACUGACGCAGCUCCCUCCAAACGCGAAGCCUUCGACGGCAGCGCCUCCACGCGCGCCGCCAAACGCGCCAAGCUCGCUGAGCUGACCGAGCAAUUCGUGCAAGUCGAGACGGUAGAGGUGACGCAGCAGAAGGAGAAUGUAGCCCCGGUUGUGGCGAGACCGAACUCGCUGGAUGAUAUGCUAGAGGAGCAGGCGAGGGCGAGGGGGGAGAGGAAGGUGGAGGGGGGGUGGAGACCGCAGGCGAGGCCGAAUUCCUUGGAUGAGUUGAUUGAGGAGCAGAAGAGGGGAGGGGAGGGGAAGACUGCGGAGGGGGGGUGGAGACCACAGCUUAGGGCUAAUUCGUAG